ACCACCAUCACCAUCGCCAUGGCAGCAAUGCAAUUUACCUCCCCAGGUAAACAGGCGUCAUUAACCCACAGAGGAGAUUCCCUCCCCCCGCCCAUCUCUAAGGGGUGGGCACCUCCGAGGCGCGUGCCUUUCCGCCCCCCACCCUCGGCACCGCCCCAGCCAGUGGCGAUCUGCCGGCCGACGCUAGAUGGCACCUUCCCCUCGCCGAGUUAGCACCCCUCCGGCUGCCCGUUCCUUAGAGCCGCCCCUGCGCGCGGCGGCGCCCACUGGGUUUGUUGCGCGCCCUGGUGCCGCCGCCGCCGCCGCCGCCACUUCCCUGCCCGUUCCUACGAGGAUGGCUACUCCGGCUCGCCCUCUCCGACAGCCCGGCUGACGACCCUCCACCUCCUUCUCCUCCGCUGCCGCUCCUUUGGGCGCGGACGCACGCGCGCAACAGGCUUUCUGGCACCGGCGGUGCCCUCGCCCGUCCGGGGCAGGCCAUGCGAGGUACCCCCUCGAUCCCCGGACCCAGCUGAGGCUGCUGGACGCCAGCCUCGCCCUUGAUGCGCGCCCCGGGCCCCCCUGGCCUGCUUGCCGCCUCUCCGCGCGCCCCACCCAGCCGCCCGCCCGUCCAGGCUGUGCGCGCCCUCCUCCCCGCUGGAGCCGGGCCCGAGCGGGGCGGGCGAGGGGAUGCGCCCUCGGAGAGAGGGCAGCGGGGCCGCCCGGGCAAGGGCAUCUGAAGGAAAGGCGCCCGCCUAAAGGGACGAUGACGACGACGAGCGCCAUGGACGCCGCCGAGCCCCACGAGGGGGCGCGCCGGCCGCUCCAGGGGCCCCCCGACCCUCGUCCUAAGGCGCCGCCGCCGCCGCCCGUGAUGGACGGCGAGGCCGCGGGGAGGCCCCCGGGCGGAUCCAGGUCGGGCUGCCAGCCCCCCGACGGCAGGUCGGAGCCCCCCACCCGGAAAGGCUCGGCGGCCCCCAGCAAAGCGGAGAUGGCGCCGGCCACCGUGGCCGAGCAGAUCGUGGCCGCCGACAUCGCGUCCGCGGCUGCCGCCACCGCCAGCCCCGACGGCCCCGAGGGCACCUUCGUGCAGCGGCAGCUGGGCGCCAUGCUGCAGCCGGCCGUCAACAAGUUCUCGCUCCGCAUGUUCGGCAGCCACAAGGCGGUGGAGAUCGAGCAGCAGAGGGUCAAGUCCGUCGGGUACUGGAUCAUCCAUCCCUACAGCGAUUUCAGGUUCUACUGGGACUUGAUCAUGUUGCUCCUCAUGGUUGGCAACCUCAUCAUCUUGCCCGUGGGCAUCACGUUUUUCAAGGACGAGAACACCCCUCCGUGGAUCGUCUUCAACGUCCUCUCGGACACCUUCUUCCUGGCCGACCUGGUCCUGAACUUCCGCACGGGCAUCGUGGUGGAAGACAACACCGAGAUCAUCCUGGACCCACACACCAUCAAGAUGAAGUACCUUAAGACCUGGUUCCUGGUGGACUUUGUCUCCUCCAUCCCCGUCGACUAUAUCUUCCUCAUCGUGGACCUGGAGACCCAGGUGGACUCCGACGUCUACAAGACGGCGAGGGCGCUGCGCAUCGUCCGCUUCACCAAGAUCCUCAGCCUCCUGCGCCUCCUGCGCCUCUCCCGCCUCAUCCGUUACAUCCACCAGUGGGAGGAGAUCUUCCACAUGACCUAUGACCUGGCAAGCGCGGUCGUGCGGAUCUUCAACCUCAUUGGGAUGAUGCUCCUCCUCUGCCAUUGGGACGGCUGUCUCCAGUUCCUGGUCCCCAUGCUGCAGGACUUCCCUGAGGACUGCUGGGUCUCCAUCAACCACAUGGUGAAUGACUCGUGGGGCAAGCAGUACUCUCACGCCCUCUUCAAGGCCAUGAGCCACAUGUUGUGCAUCGGGUACGGGCAGCAGGCUCCUGAGGGCAUGACGGACGUUUGGCUCACGAUGCUGAGCAUGAUCGUGGGGGCCACCUGCUACGCCAUGUUCAUCGGCCAUGCCACCGCCCUCAUCCAGUCGCUGGACUCUUCUCGCCGCCAGUACCAGGAGAAGUACAAGCAAGUGGAGCAAUACAUGUCCUUCCACAAGCUUCCGGCAGACACACGGCAGCGGAUCCACGAGUACUACGAACACCGUUACCAAGGCAAGAUGUUUGACGAGGAGAACAUCCUGGGGGAGCUGAGCGAGCCUCUCAAAGAGGAAAUAAUCAACUUCAACUGCCGCAACCUGGUGGCCAACAUGCCGCUGUUUGCCAACGCUGACCCCAACUUUGUGACGGCCAUGUUGACCAAGCUGCGCUUUGAGGUCUUCCAGCCGGGGGACUUCAUCAUCCGGGAGGGCACCGUGGGCAAAAAGAUGUUCUUCAUCCAACACGGCGUGGUCAGCAUCCUGACUCGAGGCUCCAAAGAGAUGAAGCUCUCAGAUGGUUCCUACUUUGGGGAGAUCUGCCUCCUGACCCGCGGCCGGCGUACGGCCAGCGUACGUGCAGACACCUACUGCCGCCUCUACUCGCUCUCAGUGGACAACUUCAAUGAAGUCUUGGAGGAAUAUCCCAUGAUGCGCCGGGCCUUCGAAACCGUCGCCAUGGACCGACUGGACCGCAUAGGUAAGAAGAACUCCAUCCUGCUGCGCAAGCGGGCCGAACACAGCUCCAGCUCCGUCAACCAAGAGAUCAUCCAGCAGAUCGUCAAGCACGACCAGGACAUGGCGCACAACAUCCAAGAGCUGCAGCCAGUGGUGGCCGGGCGCGAGCUGAGCGGCAAAGCCGUGAUCUGGGAGCCCCUGGUGCACGCUCCGCUGCAGACCGCCGCCGCCACCACAAACGUCGCCAUUGCCUUGACGCACCAGCAGAGCCUCGCGGCUCACAUCUUCCUGCCCCCUUCUUCCGUCACCAGCCCUCUGUCCCCCGACGCUACCCUCUACCCUCGCCAGCCCCGGCGCUCCCAGCCCAGCUUGGGCGGCUCGCGUCCUUCCUCGGUCAGCUCGGGGGCGCAGUCCCACUUACAGACGCCGGCGGUUGGGUCCCCAUCCUCCCCUAUGGUCCAGUGCCCGUCACCCUUGGAAAGCACCGGCCCGCGUGGCGUUCCUCUCGGACCCCCCAUCCCGCAGCCCAUACAGAAAGCGGAAGCUGCCCCAAGCCAGCCUCAGCUCUCCAAGUCCCGCGGAGCCUCUGUCUCCACCUCGCUCCUGCAGCAGCCGGCGAGCGUUGCGGCCAUCCCGCCCGGACGGACUCUCCACUACAGCCUCUCGCGGGCCACCGGCUCCCACAUUUCCUUGUUUCUGCAGCCGCAGCAGCUGGUCAAACACCGCAGCACACAGGGCCUGUCAGCGGGCCGCCUCACCCAGGAUGUUAGGCCGCUCUCGGCCUCCCAGCCUUCCUUGCCGAACCGGCUCACCCAGCCGGCGGACAUGGGCCCCCCUCAGCAAGCCCGGAAGUCGGCCGGGAACCUGACGUACCGGUCGUCUCCUUCGGUCCCCGGGCUUCUAGCCAAGCCGGCCCCCGGCGCUGCCAGGCGUCCUGUUUCUCCCCAGCAGGCCGCUUCGGGGCCCAGCCAGUCCGGGAGCGGGCCCAGCACCCCGCAGUCGCCUGCCACCACGCCCCGCCACACAGCCGCCCCGUCCCGCAAAGGUUCUGUGGCAUUCAGCCCCGACGUGGACACUGGGAAAGCGAAGCUCACGUCCAAUAUGUGAUGCCGCAAGAGUCCAGGGCUGCACUUUCUGAUGUCGGAAGGUCAGCCUGUAGGAAAGGCAAGCCUGGGCGGGUGCAGGGGCCAGGAGGCCCGUCCAGAGAUAAGGAAAUGGGUACUUGGGCAAUUUGCCACCAUCUUGGGGCAGGCUGUCCGCCUCGAACGUCGGCCUGAUGGGUCUCUGAGCCAUGACUGACUGGAGAGGGAGGGAGGGAGCUGUUCCCUCGAGGAAAGCCCAACGUCCCCACUGCCGCCAUCUUAGCUCCUUGCCAAAAGGCACCCGCUGAGCCCCGUGCCGCACCUGCAGGGGGCAGGAAGCCAGGCCGCAAACCCCCUCAGCCACCCUUUGGUUGGGGACACAUGUCCUUGAGCCUCAUUUCUGCCCUGCCCACUUUGGACCUAUUAGUGCCUCCACACACCCCAUUUCCAGGCCUGCCCUUGACGGUGGGUUGUGUGGGCUUUGCCCCAUAUCGAAACCCCCACAGGGCCAGUAGGGCGAGGAGAGGCAGCAGAAGGGGUUCACUUUCAAUAAAGCCUGGGCGCCCCGUUCCCUCAGCACAGCCUGUCUUUUUGAACGUGAAAGAAGAGGUGCGAAGGAGGCCGAACGACAGUCCCGGAAGUCUCCGGCCACACAAAAUCUGCCUCCGACGUCCAGCGCUGGGCGGUGACAACAUUGUGGACACUCGUGGAUGAGUGCCGUACCCCCUUGUACCCUGUCUCUCCCCCUCCCUUGAGGGAUAUUUUUAACAAGGAGAUAUUUUAUCUGGUCCUACUUCUCUUCCCCAACCUCCCCAAGCCCGUUCUCAAUUUGUGCAAUAUGAGAUCUCAAGGUGUCUUGUGAGAGUGUGUGUAGCUGUAGAAACCCCGGUUCCAUGGGAGAGGGGAGGAAGGACACCCGUCCAAGUCCUUUGCCCCCCACAUCUGUCCGUCUCUUCUGUCCUGGAGACAAUGGGUUGGAAAUCCGAUUCUGAUCUUGCUACUACUGCCAUAAACUUAGGAGCUGGGCCAGGCGAUAGGGAGCCCCCCCCUUAUACACACCUAUGAACCCCCGUGUCUUCUUCCCAACCGAACUGGUUCAGGGACCACUCACUUGAAGGUGCAUCGAGGCCUACCUGGUAGGGCUGCACUGCAGACUUCCCCAGAGGAGUCUGCUUGGCAUUUUGAUCCCAGUUCCAUCUGGGGAGGGUGGCCUUAGAAAGCACGUGCCCCCUCUGCUUCCGAUUAACUACAGGUUCAUCCAUACUAAUGUUAGAAUCAUAGAAAUGUAGAAUUGGAAGGGACCCCGAGGGUCAUCUAGUCCAACCCCCUGCGAUGCAGGAAUCUCAACUAAAGCAUCCACGACAGACGGCCAUGUUGUAACGUAUAUAGGCAGUUUCUUGUGCCUCCGUCCAUUCUCUGUCGUCUGUAUGAUGCUCUCCUUCAAAUCACACUUUCCUUCCUUCAAAAUCCCGAUUCAGGGAGGGGGAAGUGUGAUUUGGAGGAGCACCGACGAUGGAGCAUGAAUGGGGGUCCAGGAAGCUGAUGAUCCACAUUCAACAGCUGUAGGGAGGGCCCCAGAAACUUAUUUACUUCUCCCUGGUUGCCUUUACUGUAGCUCUGUCACUUGAUUGAAGGCACUUUUGCCUAUCUGGUUUAGAUGAUUCACCGGUAAAUUAAUCAACAAAAUCUGCACACAUUGCCUGCAUAUCAACAAGGAAAAAAAAUCAUUCAUAUAUACAUACAUAUACAUAUGCGCACAGUAUACAGUUGUAUCCAAAGUUCUGUCAGCGCAAUGAUUUCUUUUUAUGCAACAGAACAUUCUCCCCCAUGCCUCCCACCACAAAUCUGUUCUAUGGGGUUAACGUUAACCCAACCCUCUGGAGUAGAUGUGGGGAUAGCGUGGGUCACACACAGUGGGGAAGAACCAUGGGGAGUUCUGUGCUAAUAGAAUGAGCAUGAGUUAGAAUUUGUCUCAAACUCCAAUCUGUUAAUCCGGGGCUGGAGAACCUGCCCUCCUGGUGUUGCCGGACUCCAACUCCCACAAUCCCUGAGCGUUGGCUGUGCUGCCUGGAGCUGAAGGGAGAUGGAGUCCUAGAAUAUCUGGAGGACCAGUGGCUGAGGACGGGGGGUACGGGGGUGUGGUCCGCCCUGGGUGUCAUCACUGGGGUGUGUGUGACAAAACGAGUUUAAAAAAUAAUAAAAAUUGGGCUCAUGGAACUUUUUAGGAGUGACGUGGUGGCUUAGGCGCCUGUAGGUUCUGUGCUGCCUGAAACGGCAGCAUGGGACUUAUGUCUGCCUACUGCCUCUGCCUCAGCUGCCCUACAGCUGAGGUGGAGGCGGCGGAGAGGCGCCAAGCGUCAGAGAGGCUUGCCCCGCCCCCUGGGUGGAUCGCCCCGCCCCCACACCAGGCACUCGAGUGACUAGCUAUGCUGCUGUGGAGGACCACAUACAUUCCUGAUCUCUGGGUUAAUCGGAUGAAAUGAUUUAAACGUUUCGGACUGAGUAAAGAUUCUAAUUCCAUUUCACUACAGGCCUUCCCAUUCUACACUCAUACUCAUAUUAAUAUUAUCUUAAAAGAGGCACUCCCCUUUUACUCUUCAUGUCAGGAGGGAAUACCUCUUCUAAAAAGCCAACUUCUGUGACCAGUACAGGUACUGUACCCAACUUUACACCUACUCACAGUAGACCCAUACAGGGCGAUUCACUUUCGUCCAUCGGUUUUCAGUUGGGUCUUCUCUAAGAAGAAUCCACCCUCUAGCAAACAAAGUAAGCUUUUACUAUUCAAAGCUAUUGUGUUAAAGAGGCAGAUUUGUGCAGAUUUAAUUGAUUUGUGCAGAUUUGAUGGAUUUUUGCUAUUUCUUUAAUCAAGUGACAGCCCUACUUUGUUUUCCUUUUGGUUAUUUUAAAAAGUAUUUUUUAAUUGAAUUUUACUCAUAUAACCCGAAUAACAAAAUAGAAUUUCAUGAAACAAACACACAACCCUGCUUUGUUUUGUUUUUAUGACACAUGCAUUUGUUGCAGUCGCUUUCCUAGAAGAAGAUUGUGCUUUCCAGCUGCAAAAUUUGCAUCGAAAUAUCAUUUACAGCGCAAUUCUACUCUAGGUCCACUCAGAAGCAAGCUUUAUUGAGCUCGUUGGGACUUACUCCCAGGUAUGCGUGUAUAGGAUUGCAGCCUAUUUUUUUUAUAUGCAGCUGAUCAAUUAAUUCAGUUGAUCAAAAUAUUUUAAUUGAUUAAUACCAUGUGUGUGAGUGUGUUUUCACAUGGAUGUAUACCGAUAAUGAAUUGUGAGUACAGAGGUGCAAUUAAAGUGUGUUAAGGGGCAUUUUAUCUUCAGUUAGGGAUCACGUGCCUGCAUCCUUUCGGGGCACGUAAUCAAGACUGGCCUCUUAACACACUUGAAUCCUUGUUUUGUACACCUUGUCAGGAAGAGCAGCUAUGGAGUCAGGACCUGCUCCCCCUUUAGUGCAUGCUUAUGGGCAUUGUGCAAUUAUCGAAAAGCAACUAACAAUUGAGGAUACAGAGCAAAAGGGAAGGAGUUAAUCCUGGAUUAACUGAGCAAAUGACUAAGGUGGUAUGUCCUCCUGGUUUCUUUUGUAUGCGAUAACAGCUCCCACUUUGGACUCUUGCAGGAAGUGAUGGUUACAGCUCUCCUUCAAGUCACAUAGCCAGAGUCACAAGAGAAUGUUUGGUUUGGGGUUUUAAAAAAAUGCAGAUUAACCAACAGGGCAUUGGCUAGGAUUAUUAUUAAUUUUUGGGAGGGGGAAUUCCCUCCUUCCACUACUGACUGCCAUGCCCCCUGCAAUUUUCUUGGGAGCAGUUUGUAGUGGGAAUGUCUAUCAGGAGUUGGAUUUGGUGCUGACCUUUAAAGCCCUAAACGGCCUCGGCCCAGAAUACCUGAAGGAACGUCUCCACCCCCAUCGUUCAGCCCGGACACUGAGGUCCAGCUCUGGGGGCCUUCAGGUGGUUCCCUCACUGCGAGAAGUGAAGUUACAGGGAACCAGGCAGAGGGCUUUCUCAGUAGUGGCGCCCACCCUGUGGAACGCCCUCCCAUCAGAUGUCAAGGAAAUAAACAACCACCUGACUUUUAGGAGACAUCGGAAGGCAGCCCUGUUUAGGGAAGUUUUUAAUGUUUGAUUCUAUUUUUAAUAUUCUGUUGGGAGCUGCCCAGAGUGGCUGGGGAGACCCAGCCAGAUGGGAGGGGUAUAAAUAAUAGAUUAUUAUUAUUAUUAUUAUUAUUAUUAUUAUUAUUAUUAUUAUUCCUCCUUCCCCUGCCUUUGUGCAUGGCAGGCCAUUGAAGGACGAGGGAUAAAUAUUUACACCUCUGUGCCCUAACCCACGCCCCGCAGGUUCCCUAUUUGAAAUGCCCAUCACCAGCGAUGAAGGGUCAUAACAGGGUAGCAGAGCGCCCUUUCUUUAUCUCCCUCCCUCCUUGUGCCUAACCACUGCCAGGGGUGGAAAGGAGCUCUGCUUGGGUCCAGGGCAGCCUUCCAUCCUUCUAGAACUGCCUGGGUGCCACCCACAUUUAUUCCUUCUUAUGUGAGGGCCAGUAAGCCCACAGUCUCUCUCCAGGAACCAGUAAUCUGUGACGUGCAAUCAGUACGUGAAAAGGUGUUGCUUUCAGAUCCAGCCAUGUUAUCAAUUCAGGGUAGAGUAGCUCCUCAGGAGCCUUGUAGAUUUCUCCCUCCUGACCCGCCCUACAUCCUCAACCAGUUCUGCCGCUGUGCUGUCAAACGCUUUUCUAGAGCAGGAAUGGGGUAGGGGAUCAGUGUCGCUCAAUUAUCUUUCCCAGGAGGGGAAAAUUAGAGGGAGGGUGAUCUCUGAUGCAAUCUUCAACAGGACCAAACCCCUCGCUGCCCGCUUGCUGCUAGACUAGAAGCACACACCAUAAAGGUACUAGGCCCAGGGCAAGAAACCCUUGGUUGUUCCAUUGUUCCUCCUACUGAAUUGUGGAGGGGGCCCUACCAUUGGGCAACGUGAGAUGGCAGCCUCAGGCGGCAGGUACUAGGGAGCAGCAGCAAAGCAUCGGACAGAAUUGUGUGCGUUGCACACGGCUUGAUCCAUGCCCUCUCAGCUACUCUGAUGCCUGCAGAUUGUGGGUUCUCGAUUCAGGAUUCUACAUGUGGAAUUCGCUGUGGGAGGGGCCGCCAUGUCCUUUGCUACAUGCAUCAAAACGUAUUGGGCAGACCACACUGGGUUAAGAUGUUGGGGGAGUAGGUAGGCUAUCUUAAGGGAUGGCAGAGGCUUCCAAAGGGAAGGGGAAAUGCCAAUUAUGGCUUUAUUCAUCCUAUGUCCGGAACAGAAAUCAAACCAGAUUCACAUUUACUGAUGUUACUUUCCAUCCACAAAAAGACGCAGGGUUGAUUACGUCCCCGUCUCCCCCCGCGUUGUGUUUCCUUUGCAUUACAAUGAGUGGGAUGGAAUAAUGUAACGACAACAUAAUUCACUGUAUUUUUUGUUCUAUAAGACGCACUUCCCCCUCCUAAAAAGUAAGGGGAAAUGUGUGUGCGUCUUAUGGAGCGAAUGCAGGCGGGAGGCUCUGCUCAGCGCUCCCUUUAAAGAGCCGCGUGGAGUGGGGGGGGGCUCUUGGGGGCUGUCCUGGCUUCUGCCUUAGCAGCGCGCAGCCUCUUGCGGGCAGGGGGAGUCUUCAUCCCGCUGCCCUGAAGAGGCUUUGCGUGGCUGUCCCAGAAGCCAGAACAGCAAGAGGCUAUCCCAGAAGCCAGAUCCCUCUUGCUGUUGUGGCUUCUGGGAUUCAGAAUAUUUUUUUUUCUUGUUUUCCUCCUCCAAAAACUAGGCGUGUCUAAUGGUCUGGUGCGUCUUAUAGAGCGAAAAAUACGGUGCGUAGCAAAUUACGUAAGUUACAUCACUUCACCAUAGCAAGGCAGAGAAUGUUGUUUUGGAGGAAGGUGAACUGCAGUGGAAUGGAAAGAGCGCUGCAUGCAGCAGAUACAGGGCAGCGCAGGCAAUUAUGCCUCCUUACACCCCUGACCAGCUUAGUCCCUUACAGGACAUCCCCACGAGAAGCUUGUCAGAGGGAACAACCAGUACUGCCUUCUUGAUCCUGCUCUCCUUUCCUGCCUCCCAUCCCACAACGCCCCCCUCUGGCAGGAGCCACCCAGUCUGAUCACGUAGGUUCAAAAACAUUCCAGAAUUUCUUCUUGUUUACACUCGAAUUGGGUUAGAGCCAUCCGUAGAGCUGCUGUUCCCAUAGCCAUGAAGCUGGGGGGGGGGAGAGAAAGGAAGGGAGGUGUUCUCCACCCCCACCCCCUUUCCUCCCAGUGGCCCCUGUGUGGCCGAGCCAUGGCUGUGUCCUCACUGGGGCCUGCUUCUCCUAUUUUUCUAGUCCCACUGCCAAGCGCAAAGACUAUCUUUUGGGGGCAGGAGAUUUUAGGCAGUGUUAUGAUUGGUGGAGAAGGCAGGCGUGCUAAUUGAAACUGCAGAUUUGUUGCAUCGAAAGAUCCAUGGGAGUUCAUGCAUACACACAUGCACAGAUUCUUCUCAGCGGGGUCUCUAUACUCCCUCUGUGCUGGUGUGUGUGUGUGUGUGUGUGUGUGUACGCGCAAACACAUAUCAAAAGGAGAUCUUCCUACCCUAGGAACACGCUAGCGUCUCUGGAGAGAUCCAGGAUAUAGGGAUCCCAGUGUCAAGACACAGCCAGUAGGACACCGCUACAAGCGUGGUUGUGUGUGCGCAUGUGUGAAAGAGUCUCUGUAGUGUGUGUGUGUGUGUGUGUGUGGGCAUACAAGCAGGUGUGAACGUGCGUGCAAUCUAGUCACCAAAGACCAUGAACCAUCACCUUUGCACUCGGCGUUGCUCAGUGUACGGCGCUUGUAGAUUUCAUAUCACCGGGUGGGGGGCGGAUUUUAAAAAGCUGUGCUCUCUUCUUCUUUUUGUAAAAUAAAAAUAAAAAAUUAAUUUUGUUUCGUUUCGGACGUUGUACCUAACGGAUUUCGGUAAUAAAGAGAGACUUGGA